UCAGCUGCUCCGUUGGAUGGCAGUGAACGACAACGAUGGAGUGACUGCCGGAGUAGUCUAGUCGUCGAGACGAUCUCAUUUAAGGGCAAUCCCCGCGUUCGAGAUGCGCAUUGCCGUGGCGCAGCAAUAAGUAGAAAGUACGAAGACGCUGGCUUAUUCGGAGUAGCAGCGCUCAUCUCCCCGGCGACAACUAGCCAUAGUGAUGGCCGAUUUCUCCUGGCUGACGGCUCUUGGCUUCCUCUUCUUGACGUUCAACUCCGGCAUGGCCGUGUACCGCUCCAACGGCGACACUGGCUCAAUCAUCUUCGUUGUGGUCUCCUACCUCGACCUCGUCGCCCUGUUCGCCUGCCUGCGCUACUACGAGCGCCUGGACCGCCACUCCCCUAAACGAGAGACGGUCAAGGCAGCCGUAUGGGGGCUCACGACUCUGCUCACCGUCAUGUUUAGCUACAAGGUUGCAGAAAUCAUGCCCCUCGCCGUCAAACUCGUCGUUUGGGCCAUGGCGGCGGCAACCUCCUGUGGGGGCUUCUACGCUUUCUUCAUCCACGAGGAGAAGCCAGCGCUGCCGGCGGCGGGUGUCCCCGCCGCCGCGCACAAAGAGGGCGCCGCCAACUAACUUAACCUGCUGCCACAAGGCUCAUACCUCCAGGCAUAGCGCAGCGCCGCACGUUAGAUCUCAGGGCCAGCUAGGUUAUUCUUUCAUUGCUUAUUUCUUGGCUUCUUUAAUUCACCUUUUUGCUGUCACAUCGGCUGUUUUACCUUGCCGGGGUGCUCAGAUCGGUAGAUCUGGAGUUCAACAUGACCAGAUCUGUUACCGCUGCGACCAAAGUUCCAGAUUUGCUCUGCUGUUGGUCACAGGAAAGAUGAUGACAACAACUAAUCUUGGGUUGCCGUUAAUUGGAUUUCCUGGUGUUCAUACUGUGCGUGUGCUCUCCACGAGAAAGAGGAAUUUGCGACCUUAUCCGGUAAGUUUA